CAGCUGAAGCGCAGGAACGGCAAGGAGCCACUCGGACAAAAGUGCUCUUGGUGUCCUUUCUUACAAAGUCUCACUUGGACGUGUCGAAGGUGGCGAUCAACCAAGCGUGGCGAUGCCGGCCCGGUCUAUUUGGACUUGUUUGGUUGUGGCUGCGCUCCUGUAUACAGUAGUACAAGUCAGUGGGAAUGAGGAGUCUGAGCUCAUUGCAGAUCUGUUUAAGAACUACAAUAAGAACAUCCGGCCAGUGAGGCAAGCAAGUGACAAGGUUGAAGUUCAGGUCAAACUCACCCUGACCAACCUCAUCUCCCUGAACGAGAAGGAGGAGACGCUGACCACCAAUGUCUGGAUUGAGAUUCAAUGGGCUGACUAUCGCCUGGCGUGGAACACCUCUGAAUACUAUGGUAUCGACAUUAUCCGUGUUCCCUGCACCACAGUGUGGCUACCAGACAUAGUACUGGAAAACAACAUUGAUGGAAAAUUUGAUGUAGCCUAUUACGCCAAUGUUCUAAUCUACAGUGAUGGCUCCAUGUACUGGUUGCCACCAGCCAUCUACCGCAGCACCUGUGCCAUAGAGAUCACUUACUUUCCUUUCGACUGGCAAAACUGUACGCUAAUCUUCAGGUCUCAGACAUACAGUGCUAAUGAGAUCAACAUGAUCUUGGCCAUCGAUGCCGAGACCAACAAACCCAUUGAGUGGGUGGACAUCGACCCUGAGGCCUUCACUGAGAAUGGCGAGUGGGCUAUCAAGCAUCGGCCGGCACGCAAAAUUACCAACACGCGCUACACCCCUGAUGACCUGGAGUACCAAGAAGUGUAUUUCAACCUCAUCAUCCAGAGAAAACCUCUCUUUUACAUCAUCAACAUCAUCCUGCCCUGCUCGCUCAUCUCCUCACUCGUCGUACUGGCCUACUUCAUGCCCGCCAAGGCGGGAGGACAGAAAAUAACUGUUUCCAUCUCCGUCCUCCUGGCUCAGACUGUCUUCCUUUUUCUGAUUGCGCAGAAGAUUCCAGAAACAUCUCUCUCUGUUCCUCUUAUUGGAAAGUAUCUAAUCUUCGUCAUGUCCGUCACUACACUCAUCGUCACGAACUGCAUCAUUGUCCUCAACUACUCCUGCCGGACCCCGAGCACACACACCAUGCCUUGCAAAAUCAAGCAUAUUUUCCUGGAGGUGAUCCCUCGUUUCCUUGGGAUGGCCCCUCUGGUGGAUGAGGGAGAGGAAGCUGGAGGAAUGAAUGGAAUAAGGAAGAGGAGACGCAGCUCAUUUGGCCUGAUGCAGCGGGCGGAGGAAUACGUGCUAAAGCAGCCGAGGAGCGAGAUGAUGUUCGACAAGCAAAGAGAGAGACACGGACUCACACGAUCGUUUGUGGACGCCAUAGAUGUGAGCACUACUGCCAGCCUGUAUAAGAGUUUAGCUCAAGCAGCACCAGAGAUUAAAGAGUGUGUGGACGCCUGCAACUUUAUUGCAGAGAGCACAAGGGAGCAGAAUGACAUAGGCUCUGAGAUGGAGAACUGGGUGCUGAUCGGCAAGAUGAUCGACAAAGUCUGUUUCUGGGUCGCCAUCUUACUCUUUUCUAUCGGAACGGUGGCCAUCUUUCUCAUGGGCCAUUUCAACCAAGUGCCCGAGUACCCUUUCUAUGGGGAGAAUAAAAAGUAUGUUCCCGAGUAAAGCACUGACGUUGGUGUCCAAGAGAGAGAGAGAGAGAGAGAGAGAGAGAGAGACGCAGAGAAAGCACAAGCACAUUCUUAGACAUUUUCAAAAUGCAUUGUGCAAAAUUUCUUAGCAUUUAACAAUGUUAAUGCUGGAGGUCCUAUUUAGAAAAGCAUACUAACUAACCUAACCUACACCACAUGACCUGUGCAGGAACAGAAACUCCCGUGAUGUCCCAAAGCACAUUCUUCGAAUAGUAUCUCGAAACGAGUGCUCCACCUACAGAAACUAUGACAUAUAAAGGUGCAGUUCGCAAAGUGUUUAUGUAGCUGUAAAAAUGACAUAAUUUUAAAGUGGGGUAAAAAAAAACAAACACAUGAUACACAUGAUAAGUGGUUUACACUACCAGACAUGCAAGAAACCGUAUUAUUUUAAAACCUUCAUGUUUACACAUUUUCUGGCCCUGAAAUUAUAACUCGAACAAAGCCACAAGUUUUUUCAACUCACAAAACAAAUCUAGCUUCAGUAAAGAAGACAAGGAGAUUAUUUCAUGUUAGGGAAGGGUUUUUGCAUAGAAAUUACAAAUAACGACAAGCUGCUUCUUUAGGAUGUGAUUUUAGACAUCAGUAUAUUUGCAUCAUUGCAACUGAUGAAAAAAAUUUUUUUGUGUGUGUGUGUGUGUGAUGUACUUCACAAAGCUUAAUGUGCUCUGAAAUCCAGUGACUGCUUUCACAAUGCUUUUAUAAAAGUGUUUCUUUAUCUUAAUGUUCUGUAGUAACUCUUAAUUUGUUAAAUUUUUUAUUAAAAAAUAAGACUGUGGAAAUGUA